AUGGGUGUUAAAGUCUGGAUCCUUGUCUACGCUGGAGACCCGGUGGACCUUUGCAAGUAUCGUCAUGCCAGCCUAUUCAUCAGGUUUGGUGACGAGCUCCCAGAUUGUGGCACUUUGUUCCACAUUACUGGUGCGCAAAGGAGUUUUCAGUUUGAGGAACAACCAGGAUAUAAUCCUUUGAAGAGUUCCAAGCUCCGCAACAUGGUUGAGGUUGGUGAUAUUUCUGCUCAAGUGUCGAAUGUUCGCUUUAUUCUCGCCACCACCGGAGUGCGGAACGGUAUCGAAGAUGCAGAUUGGAAUUGCCAAAACUGGGUUGGGGAUGCACUCCAAAAGUUUGUUGAGCAAAGAUGGCUCAGAGCAGAGCAAAGGGACGUGGCAAUCGACCACAUGGUGCAAACAUGCCUUCAGGCUACAGAUGAGAAAUGA